AUAAAUCUAAGAACUAAUUCAUUAAUCAUUCAACCGCGUAAACCAACAAAAAACAUCAGCCCCCACAUGUAUAGAUUAGAGGAUACGAAUAGCGGCGGCGUUAUGGAUAAGAAUAAACAGAAAUUAUCUGCUUAUGGGUCCAGUGCGGGCACCGUUGCCGUGGACACAUCGCAGGGCGGCGGUAGCGGUGGUGGCGGCGGCGGUGGUAGACAGCGUCAUGCACCGCUCUAUGGUCGCUUUGUGGUUGAAGAGGAUCUGCCUGCCACGCAUCGUGAUGUGAUGCAUCAUCACCCUAGUCCUUCGUCUUCGUCGGAGGUGCGUGCCAUGCAGGCCCGCAUUCCCGCACACUUUCGUGAUCCCGCUUCAGGACCAUUACGAAAGCUGAGCGUCGAUCUGAUAAAGACCUAUAAGCACAUCAAUGAGGUAUACUAUGCGAAAAAGAAGCGACGUGCCCAGCAGACACAAGGCGACGACGAUUCGUCCAACAAAAAGGAGCGCAAAUUAUAUAACGAUGGCUAUGACGACGAUAAUCAUGAUUAUAUAAUCAAGAACGGUGAAAAGUUCUUGGAUCGCUAUGAGAUUGAUUCGCUAAUUGGCAAAGGCAGUUUCGGCCAAGUGGUAAAGGCCUACGAUCACGAGGAGCAAUGCCAUGUGGCGAUCAAAAUAAUUAAGAAUAAGAAACCGUUCCUAAAUCAGGCACAAAUCGAGGUCAAGCUUCUCGAAAUGAUGAAUCGUGCGGAUGCUGAAAAUAAAUAUUAUAUCGUCAAGCUCAAGCGUCACUUUAUGUGGCGCAACCAUCUGUGCCUGGUCUUCGAGCUGCUCUCAUACAACCUGUACGAUCUGCUUAGGAACACAAAUUUCCGCGGCGUCUCGCUGAACCUCACGCGCAAAUUUGCGCAGCAACUGUGCACGGCGCUGCUGUUCCUUAGCACGCCCGAACUGAACAUAAUACACUGUGAUUUGAAGCCCGAGAAUAUCUUGCUAUGCAACCCGAAGCGCUCGGCCAUCAAAAUUGUUGACUUUGGCAGCUCCUGCCAGUUGGGACAGCGCAUCUAUCACUAUAUCCAGUCGCGUUUCUAUCGAUCGCCAGAGGUGCUACUGGGCAUACAGUACGAUCUGGCCAUCGAUAUGUGGUCGCUGGGUUGCAUUUUGGUUGAGAUGCAUACGGGAGAGCCGCUCUUCUCUGGCUGCAAUGAGGUCGAUCAGAUGAACAAGAUUGUCGAGGUUCUGGGUAUGCCGCCCAAAUAUCUGCUCGAUCAGGCGCACAAGACGCGCAAGUUCUUUGACAAGAUCGUCACCGAUGGCUCCUAUGUCCUGAAAAAGAACCAGAAUGGGCGCAAAUAUAAGCCGCCAGGAUCACGAAAGCUCCAUGACAUACUCGGUGUGGAGACGGGCGGACCGGGUGGAAGGCGAUUGGACGAGCCAGGACAUUCGGUGUCAGAUUAUCUCAAGUUCAAGGAUCUGAUAUUGCGCAUGCUGGACUUUGACCCAAAGACGCGCGUCACACCGUACUAUGCCUUGCAACAUAACUUCUUCAAGCGCACCGCCGACGAGUCGACCAACACAAGCGGCGCGGGUGCCACAGCGAAUGCUGGUGCCGGUGGCAGUGGUGCCAGCGGCGGUGGUGGCGGUGGCUGCAGUGGUGGUGGCGGUGGACCUGGUGCAAGCACCAGCAGUGCCGUCUCUGCCAGUUCAGCGGCCGCAGCGGCAGCAGCAGCAGCGGCCAGUUCAUCCUCCACCACCUCAUCAACGACAACAACCGGCGGUGGCAAUGGCAGCGGCGGCAGCACUGGCUCUGGAUUGGCAGUAGCGGCGGCGCAGCACCCGAUGUCACUGCCAAUGCCACUGGCGGGUCCGGGCGGUGCAUCGUCGUCAACGUCUGUGGUGGAUGCCCAUAGUCAUGGUCUGCAUGCACUCAUGCACUCGAAUGCCGCGGCCAGCGCUAUGAACAACUUCUCUGCUCUCAGUCUGCAGCCCGCCGCCCAUCCGCCCGCGCUGGGUGUUCACAACAGCCACCACAGCAGCAACAGCAGCAGCAUCCACAGCAACAGUAACAGCAACAACAGCAGUCACAGUAACAGUCUGAAUAGCCUAAACCACAUUAACAGCAACAGUCACAGUAACAGUGGCGGCGGCAACAGUCGCCGUCACAUGUACGGCAACAGCUAUCCGCAUCCGAUGGACUGCGAUCCGCCGCAUGGCCAGGUGAUGCCGCCCCCACCGCCCAACGGACGCAUGCGUGUGCCGGCCUUGCUCCAGAUGCCGAACAACUAUGCGCCAACAUCCUUGCCCUACUACGGGAAUAUGUCAGCGGCCGCGGCCGCAGCUGCUGCUGCUGCUGCCGCCGCGGCCGCCUCACACCUAAUGAUGACCGACUCCAGUGUGAUUAGUGCGUCGGCGGCUGGCGGGCCAGCCGGGCCGGCAUCGGUGGGAGCCACUGCCGGCACCGCGGUACCCAUGCCCGUGUCCGCCUUUAUGCCCCUGCCGCUGCCGCCAAUGCCACUGCCACUGCCAAUGCAAUCCGCUGGCCAGCGACGACAUGUGGUCGUUGGGUCUGUCGGUGCGGGAGGGGUUGCGGGUGCACCCGGGAACAGCAGUGGCUCGACGACAGGCGCCAGCAGCGAUGCCUCUUCCUCAUCGCCAAUGGUGGGCGUAUGUGUUCAACAGAAUCCUGUAGUUAUACAUUAGCCUAAAGCGUUAUCCCUUAUCGCCUAUUAAUAUGUAAUACAAUUUUUUUGUGCACCACCGUUCUGUCGUGGCGUGGAGCGCUCUCUGUCCCGCUGCCCCAGAAAUACCGCUAUUUAUUGCAGCCAAUCAUCCAAGACCAUUAUCACAAAACACACACACUCGCACGCGCACAGCUGUUGUCCGUGUAGAAAAACGAUUGUGCUGUGUGGAGUAUGUAUAAGAACAUAACCUAUAUCCCUAUAUCCACAAAGCACAGUUACUCCAGUACUCGUGGGAGAAAUCCAACUACACACACACCUAUGCAUACAAAUAUAUACAUAAAUAUAUAUUUAUAUAAAAUCUAGCUGAAAUUGACCCUCAC